AAUAAUAUUAUCUAGAAGAGAAAAGUUACUUGUAUUAUUGUAUAGCAUCUAAGCAAUUGCUUCUGUCUGAUAUCCAGAAAUCCAUGGCCGAGAUUGAAGUAAGGGCUGCUGAGAAUGUGAUGGAAGCAUGUGCAAGAACACCUUCCAUAACAAGAUGUGUGUUCACAUCAUCACUAUCGGCUUGUGUGUGGCAAGACAAUUCACAAUCAGAUUUUACCCCAGUUAUUAAUCAUGCCUCUUGGAGCACCGAAUCAUUCUGCAUAGAAAAGAAGCUUUGGUAUGCUUUAGGAAAGAUGAGAGCAGAGAAGGCUGCUUGGAGAAUAUCUAAUGAAAGGGGUUUGAAGCUCACAACUAUUUGUCCAGCUCUAAUUACAGGUCCUGAAUUUUGUCAUAGGAAUCCAACAGCAACGAUUGCUUAUCUCAAAGGUGCACAAGAAAUGUACUCUCAAGGUUUUCUAGCAUCAGUGGAUGUGACCAAAUUGGCUGAAGCUCAUGCAAGUGUAUUCAAGGCAAUGAACAACGAGGCUUCUGGUAGAUACAUUUGCUUUGACCAUGUAAUUGAUACACAUAGUGAGGCAGAGAAGCUGGCAAAGGAUAUUGGGAUGCCUAAGGAAAAGAUAUGUGGAGAUGCAUCAAACAAUUCUUCUAUACAUAGAUUUGAAUUGUCCAAUGAGAAGUUAUGCAGAAUCAUGUCAAGGCCACUCAGGUGUUACAGUGAAUAUUAGUAGAUGAAAUCAUGUUAUGCUUGGCUUAAAGAUUUGUUUAUUUAAAGGUGUGACUUUGGCUUAGGAGACUAGAAGAGAAAAUAGAUGAGGCAUGCUUAAUAGUUUGUUUAGUAAUUUGUAAUGCCUGUAUUCAUUUAUGGUUUAAUUAUAGUAUAUAAUUCUAUUCAAUUUUGGUACCAAACCA